CGAAUGAGAAACCGACUUCAGCUUCAUGGCUGCGGUCUGCUGCAGCACGAGGGUCUGUGGUGUGUUACCGUGUUUCAGGAUGACUUCUCCUUACUUCUCUCAGAGCAGAUCCGUGGUCUCCCGGAGUGGAGCUCACACCGGUGGCCGCAGGUCCGCCGCCUCUCUGGGCUCCAGGCUCAGCCGCAGACGGAGGAACGUGGUUCCGGUCUCCUCCGUGGAAGUGAAGGUGGAGGUGGAGGAGGCGAGGAUCUCUGAGCCAGGACCCUCCUCGGCCCCCUUAUCAGCGGUCAGGUGCCAUGAACCCCUCCAACAGACCAGUGUGCAGCCAAAAACAGAAACGGACACUCUGCCGCUGUCUUCGCACGGCCGCAGGAGGAGACAGCUUAAGGUGGAAUAUGACGAGGGUGAGGGUGUUUCACUGGUGAAGACAGAACACUGGGAACCGCCGGACUGGAAGAAACAAUUAGGUUUCAUUCGUGAGAUGAGGAGCGGUCGAGAUGCACCUGUAGACAACAUGGGAGCAGAGAAAUGCUACGACACAGACGCCCCUGCACAUGUGAGAAGGUUCCAGGUUCUGGUGUCACUCAUGCUGUCCAGUCAGACCAAGGACCAGGUGACGGCAGCAGCCAUGCAGAAGCUCAGAGCGCACGGCUGCACAGUAGAGAAUAUACUCAGCACUGAUGAUGAGAAACUGGGGAAGCUCAUCCACCCUGUCGGCUUCUGGAGGACUAAAGUGAAGUAUGUGAAGCUGACGUCAGCCAUGCUGCAAGAAGAGUUUGGAGGGGACAUCCCGAACAGCGUGGAAGGGCUGGUCCGCCUGCCAGGAGUUGGACCUAAGAUGGCUCACUUGGCUAUGGACAUCGCCUGGGACCAGGUGUCUGGAAUAGGUAGGAACACAAACUAA